AUAGCUUGUAGUUUCACAAUGUCUGGUCACAGUCUUCAGUGCUGCUUGCUUGUAAUCAGCAUUGGUCUUUCAGAAAAAAACUGGUGUGCAAUCCUUCCACGCACACGUCCUUAGCAGAGAAGCACCUGAGGACAAGAGUUAAGGAUGAAGGCCUCUUGGAUGUUCUAUGGAGUUGGGAUCAUCUUUUGCAGCACAAUUCUUGUAACAGCUUACUGGCAGCAGAAUGAUGAAGAGAAGGUUCUGGUGGACAACAAGUGCCAGUGUGUAAAGGUGACAUCAAAAUUUGUCCCUGAUAAAGAGAAUCCUCAAGAAGAGGUGCUGCAGAGGAACAUUCGCAUAUUUGUUCCACUCAAAGCCAGAGAGAACAUUUCUGACCCCACUUUGCCAGCAAGAACCAAAUUUGUAUACAAGCUCUCCCAACUCUGUGGCAAAUGUGACACCCCAGGAAGUGGAAAAGAAGGGAGGUUUGGCCUGAACACUUUAUGUAAUGAUCCUGAAGAACCCUGUUACACCUACGACCGGAAUAAAUGUUACGUUGCCUCCAGCUUGUUCUCCAACAAUGGGAAAAUAAAGCCCAUUGAGACAGCCUUAACACCGGAAUCCUGCUAUCCUGAUUAGAUCACAACUGUAAUGUUUGUUGGGUGUGUGAGCAUGUCUACACCACAGAAAUGUAUGCUGACCUUAUAUCAGUGAUUGCUUCCACAGCUCAUUUGGGGGGGAUACAUAUCCCAAGCUUCACAUACAGAAGGACCCCCUUCCUUUCUCCCAUAUUGAGUAUUUAUAUGGAUCCAUGGACAAAAAAGCCAUACAAGUAAGAAGGGGAAGGAGGAGGUUAAAUGAACAUUCUAUUCUCCCAAAGAAUCUUGGGAAUUGUAGUUUGGUCUGGAUGCUGAGAAUUUUCUGAGACAUCUUAGAUAUCUCUCUUGGAACCAUGGAUCUCCUGGGUGAAGAGAAUAGCCAUUUUAAGUCUUUGGUGUAGACAUCCUCAUAUUGCUCUUAAUGCUUAAAAGAAUGUUUAAAAGUUACCCAUCUCUUCAUCUGCAUCAGCAGAAUGCUGUCCCUUGAUUUCUUCCACAUGCUUUUUCCAAUGUAAACAACUACUGCUUUCCUCUUAUUAUCUGCAUUAUCUACUACCCUUUUCAUUAGUGCAUGUCAUCAAUAAAAUUAUAUUUCAUUAGAA